AUGUCUGAUUUAUCAUUAGAAGUAACGACCUCGGAGAUAUCACACAUCAACACAAAUUCACAAGUAGAACUACUACAUCAAUUGCAAGAACAAUUAAGAUCUCAACAAGAAUUUUUCAGUAGUCAACGUGAUUUAUAUUUGCAAGAACAACAACAACAACAAAAUUUACAAUCUACAAGACAAACACCAACCACAGAAGUACAACAAAACAAUCAUUGGAGUUUUACACAAGGUUUAAUAGUGGGUCAAUUAAGUGUCAUACUAAUAAUUAUCAUUUUUAUAAAAUUUUUUGUAUUUGCCGAUUCUUCAACGUUACCAUCAAAAGCAAUCCUACGAGAUGCUUCAGGAGUAAUAGUGAAAAGAGACAAAAAUCAAACAACUAAAACCCCCAAAAAUUCAUAUUUAAAUUCAAAAGAAGUUGAUGAUUUAGUUGAAGAUGAAAAAAUUUUAAAUAAUAAAGCAAAAGUUUCUUCAAUUUUAGAAAAGACUUAUUAUGAUGUAAAUAAUCAUCCAUCAGAAUCAUUGGAUUGGUUUAAUGUAUUAAUUGCUCAAACAAUAUCACAUCUAAGAACAGAAGCUUUAUUAUCGGAUAAUAUUUACCAUUCAUUAAAUGAUUUUUUGUUACAAACAGAUAUGCCAGAAUUUAUGGACAAAAUUAAUUUAACAGAAAUUGAUGUAGGUGAUGAUUUUCCAAUAUUUUCGAAUUGCAGAAUUAAACAAAAUGAAAAAAACAUUGGUAGAUUAGAAGCUAAAAUAGAUGUUGAUUUAUCCGAUACUUUGACCUUAGGAAUUGAAACUAGGUUAUUAUUAAAUCAUCCAAGACCAUUAACUGCUAUUUUACCUGUUAGUUUGACCGUUUCAAUAGUUCGAUUUUCAGGUUGUCUAACCGUUUCUUUAGUAAAUACAAAUGAUCAAGAAUUUAUGGAUUCUAAAACAACAACUCCGAAACAAAUUGGAUCAAAAAAUGAUGAUUCAAAUGAAAAUAAUAAUGGUGCAGGCACAGCAUUAAUGUUUUCAUUUUCUCCUGAUUAUAGAUUAGAAUUUGUUGUUAAAUCACUUAUUGGAUCAAGAGCAAAAUUACAAGAUGUUCCUAAAAUUUCAUCAUUAAUUGAAAAUAGAUUAAAAACAUGGUUUGUUGAAAGAUGUGUCGAGCCAAGAUUUCAAGUUGUAAGAUUACCUUCAUUAUGGCCAAGAACUAAGAAUACAAGAGAGCCAUCAUCAAACUCGAAAGAAGGAAACAUAAAUGACGAGAAUAUAUAA